GUCACACCCACCCAACCACAACGACCUGCAGGGCUAACUUGUCUUGUCGUCCAGAUAUUGUCCCCGAUAUAGGUGACAAUGGGCUUCUUGUACACAGGACGCCGCUGCCACUGGUGGCAGACUAACCCCUUAAUGGGUACGGACAACUCGUCUCGCGACCGGUAUAAAAGGCUCGUCGAUUAAGGCAUCGUACACACAACAUCCCCACUUCACAAGCGCAUCAUCAUGGCACGCGGCACACGAUCCACGAAAGUACGCGGCUCUGACGACGACAGUCAUUCCAAGGAUGCCCGUCCGUACCUAACUCGCACGUUCGCCCGCAGCCUGGGCGCGCCCCCGAAGCAGGCUGACGAGGAGACCGAGCCGCCCACUCUCAGCCAGGAGGCGCGUUUGACGGCACACGAGGAGGAGGUCUAUUACCAGGGACUUGAGCUCAAAGCGGACAAUGCCAAAUUGCACCAGGCUCAGGCAAAGGCAGAGGGGGAGGAUCCCAGCUGGACACUCAGUCAAGAUAGCAGCAGGUCCUUCAGUCGGACCAAUUCGAAGAGCAGCGACAUCAGCAUAGGUGACGACGGCGACGGCGACGACACAGACGAAUUCAAGGUCCCGUCCUCGGGCGAUAGGGCCACUGCAUACCAGCAGAGCAGGAAGGGGACCAGCCCUCCAGGAAGCACGACCGGCGGCACGACCGACGCAGGCGACUACGACAGCGGACACGAGAACAAUGACGAUGAGUAUGACGACGAUGAGUACGACGACGAUGAGUACGACGACGACGACGACGACGACGACGACAACGACAACGACGGUGGGAGCCAGACCGACACUGAAAGGCCACCGACCAAGCGCGAUCGCAAGAGCAGCUUCCCCGAGGACAAACUCGACGCGAAGAAACUGCGCGAGAUUCGCGAGGCCUUCAAGAAUCCGACUUCGAACCACCCUCACAAAUUUUUCGACAAGCUCAUGGAUGAGUAUGAGCUUGACCGCGUUGAUCUUGAGAAGGCGCAGACGUUCGCGAAGGAUCACGAGAAAAGAUUGGAGAAGCCCAAGAGCUGGAAGGACAGCGAGCUCCUCGAUGUAGCGAGGAAGGAGUGGUCGAUGCUUCUCGAUAAUCGUUACUGAAGUCGAACAGGGGGUCCUUGGUUUUGUGUACAACAUGUUAUGGCAGCGUCAGCAGGGUAUUAUAAUUACAGUGACAUAAUGACU